AUGUCGGGUUCGUUGCUCCCCAGCGCCCUGGCCCUCUCGCUGCUGCUAGUCUCUGGCUCCCUCCUCCCAGGGCCGGGCUCGGCUCAGAACACGGCUCCUGACAUCACCGGCUACAAACGCAGCGAGAACAGGAACGAGGGGCAGGACGCCAUGCUGUACUGCAGGUCGGUUGGCCACCCCCAGCCCGAGUGGACCUGGCGCAAGAAGGAGAACGGCGUCCCCAGGGAGCUCGUCAACACUUCCGGCCGCUUCUUCAUCACCAACAAGGAAAAUUACACGGAGCUGAACAUCAUGAACCUCCAGAUCAAAGGCGACCCCGGCGAGUACGAAUGCAGUGCCACCAACCCCAUGGGCUCGGCUGCUGUUGUCACUCGCCUCAGGGUGCGGAGCCACCUGGACCCCCUCUGGCCUUUCCUGGGAAUUCUGGCUGAAAUCUUCAUCGUCGUGGUGAUCAUUGUCGUGCAUGAGAAGAGGAAGCGGCCGGACGACGUUCCUGAGGAUGACGAUGAACCCGUUGGCCAGUGAA